AUGGUCUGUAUCGCAUUACUAGGAGCUCAGUUGGUUAUAACACUGAUAAUGGUGUCAGUGAUACAGAAAUUAGGGAGCUAUUCAUUUGCGAGAUGGUUAUUGUGUUCCCAAGGAUUAUAUAGAUAUCUGUAUCCAGUUAACAGUGAAUUGAAGACAUUAGCCGGUGUACCAAAAGAUAAAGCAAAGAAUAAAAAGGGAGGCAAAAAUGAGACAAAUGGAAAACCAGAGACGUUUCAUGUGCCUCGUAGCCUAGACAUACAAUUGGAAACAGCGCCUGUAACUACCUUAGACGUAGUUCAUCUCAGAUAUUACACAGAAUAUAUUUGGAUAGUUGACUUUUCACUGUAUACCAGUACGGUUUAUAUUAUGUCAGAGGUGUAUACAUCAAUAUUUCCAUUGAAAGACGAGUUCAACCUGAGUAUGGUGUGGUGCCUGCUGGUUGUACUGUUUUCAUUUAAAAUCCUUCUAUCUCUAACAAAGCAAUACUUUACAAGCGAGGAAUCAAUGGGGGAGAGAUCAACCUGCAUUGUGGCUUUCUGUGCAUUUCUUUUGAUUGCCAUGAUGGUACUCAUUGUGGAUGAGUCUAAUCUUGAAGUUGGUGUUGAUCCAGCUUAUGACAGUUUUUAUGAUAAUGCUUCCAAGUUUUUGGAGAACCAGGGCCUGACUUCUGUAGGACCUGCUUCAAAGCUCAUACUGAAGUUUUCUUUAGCUGUAUGGGCUGCGAUCAUUGGGACCUUGUUCACAUUCCCUGGUCUCAGAAUAGCUAGGAUGCAUUGGGAUUCACUUAGAUACUACAGUGAAAACAAAUGGAAGGCAAUGCUUCUCAAUCUGAACUUCGCCAUGCCGUUCGUAUUGACCUUGUUGUGGAUACGGCCUGUAACAAGGCACUAUUUGACUGUACGUGUCUUCUCUGGGAUGGAGAAACCACUUAUGACAAGCCAAGCGUUCGACACAAUGCGUCUCUUGCUCGUGGUAUUCACUGUGGUGCUCCGGGUUGCGCUGAUGCCGCGUCAGUUGCAGGCAUAUCUUGACAUGGCGCAGCGCCGCCUCGACCUGCAGAAGAAAGAGGCUGGGCGGAUCACCAAUAUCGAUCUGCAGAAGAAGAUUGCUUCGGUUUUCUACUACUUGUGUGUCGUCGCUCUCCAAUACAUAUGUCCUAUUGUCAUGUGUUUGUUCUUUGCACUAAUGUACAAAACUCUAGGGGGAUAUAGUUGGGUCGCCUUAUUCUACGAGGUAGAGGAAACUAGCUCUAUUGUGGAUGAUAGACUACCAGUGGAUACCGUAGACGGCGUGGAGCAAUACCAACUCGCUUGGGAAAACUUAAAGACGGUAAGUUAAUCUGUUAUUACUAUAAAUAAUUCAUGCCUGUUU